CGAGAUUUUGCUUCAUUCUGGAGAGAGCAGACCGCCACAGUCCUGUCGUGCCCACCCGGCGGUCUCAUCACCGGGCUGACGGACACACCGAGCAGGCGACAAAGGGCUGUCCGACCGGCACCAUGGAGCUCAUCAGCCGGUUGCAGCCAGCAAGCAGGAAGUGUGUCCUUCCGCGAUAGACAGUCACCAUGGAGCUAAGAUAACCUCUUCCUCUUUUCUUCACCAAUCACGGCUCUUGAAUAAGUGCAAUCAUGGGAACAUGGCGUGGUCUACGGAUGGCGUUCAUUCUGGGGUCUUUGUUUAUGAUUCUGCUGAUCAUCGUGUACUGGGACGACGUCGGGGGCUUCAACCUCUACCCGCUGCAGGACCCCAAACACGAGUCGCUUCACCCUCGGACAACUACUGGGCCCUUACACUCUACAUCCACCAGCAGAGCCCUGACCAGUUCGCGCUUCAUCAUCCCCACUACUGCUCCCACUACAACACUGGUCCCCGAGGAGACAGCGGAAGCAGCUGGGGAGCAUACAGAGGAGGAGGGGGUGGAAAAACAAGAACAGAGGAAGGAGGAAACCAGGGAGGAUGAGGAGGAGAGGAGUAUUACUGCUGUGGAUGAUAGGGAGCAGGAGGCGAGGAAACAGAGGAUCAUGGAUGUUUGUUCAGGAAAGGACGCUGUUGAAUUCCCUGGAAGGACUCGAGCAUUUGAGCAGAUCCCCAACAGGGAACUGGAUCAUCUGAUAGUGGAUGACACUCACCAGAUUAUCUACUGCUAUGUUCCCAAGGUGGCGUGCACCAACUGGAAGAGAGUGAUGGUGGUUCUAUCUCAGUCUCUGAUCUCGCCCUCCUCAGGAAAACCUUUCACUGACCCAGAGGCUGUACCUCCUGACCUCGUACACAACUCCUCUCUACACCUAACUUUUGCCAAGUUUUGGCGCCAUUAUGGUUCUCUCUCUCGCCACCUGAUGGCACUCAAGCUCCAGCACUACACCAAGUUUCUGUUUGUACGAGACCCUUUUGUCCGUCUAAUCUCGGCCUUCAGGAACAAGUUUGGAAGGCCAAAUGAGGACUUCUACAAGCAGUUUGGUUCUGUCAUGCUGCGUCGUUAUGGCAAUGUGUCAGGCAGUUUGCCCGAGAGAGCGGCUGAGGCGUUUGCAGCUGGAAUCAAACCGACAUUUCAGCAGUUUAUCACAUACCUGCUGGAUCCAGAGACGGAGAGGGAGAGUAUCUUCAACGAACACUGGCGGCAGGUGUACCGUCUGUGCCAUCCAUGCCAGGUGAAGUAUGACUUCAUUGGACGAUUAGAAACCCUGGAAACGGACGCGGAGCAUCUGCUGAAGCUUUUGGAGGUGGAUCAUCUGAUACGUUUCCCCUCAGGGGCUCGGAACCGCACAGCAGCCAGCUGGGAAAGAGACUGGUUUAGACAGAUUCCCAUGGCAAUGAGGAGAGAACUGUACAAGCUGUACGAACCAGACUUUGAGCUGUUUGGCUAUCCCAAACCUGACAGCAUGCUCCACCAGUAGACCACACCGAUCCAAAGGCCUGGGCACUGCACUGUGCACAGAGCCCAUCGCUCAACUACCUGCACACAGCCGGCAAAUGCCUUUAAACACGAGUCUAUGAUGCUGUUUGUUUUAUUUGUUUUGUGCAUACCUCAAAUGACAGAAGUGCCUGCCAGUAUUAUUUUAUUGUUGUCAUCAUGUCAUAUGUAAAGCACACCUGCUUACAAGCUGCAUUAUCCCAGUCUGUUUUCCCCAUGUAAAGGCACUUUGGAUAGUAUUUUGUGAAUAGUAUUUUGUUAAGUUAAAGGGAAUGGACUGGGGCUAAUGGCUGACUCACAUCUCUCUGAAGGGAAACGUGUUACAGAGAAAUAAAGUGUUUUUGUAAAUGUCUUA